UAUGGCAACAGAAAAAAGUCCAAUUAAAGUUCCUUGUGAAAAUGAAGACUUACCCAAAACGGAAAAUGCAACAGGGGGCGACACUUUACAAGCCAGAGCUGAUGUUUAUAGGAAUCAAGGUAAUGAGGCCUUUAAGAAAGGACAUUUCCUCAAUGCUAUUCACUUUUACACAGAAGGAAUUAAAGUGAACUGCAAGGACAAAGAACCGAAGGCCAAACUGUAUAGCAACAGGGCGACUGCACAUUUUAAAUUGGGAAAUCACCAGGAUUCACUGAGUGACGCAAAAGCUGCCACUGAGUUACAGCCAACUUAUCUCAAAGCAAUUGUGAGAGGAGCCAGUGCCUGUGUUGAGCUGAAGAGAUUUGAAGAAGCAAUCACUUGGUGUGAUAAGGGAUUAGCUAUUGAAGAAAAUAAUGGGAUCUUGAUGUCAUUGAGACUUCAUUCUGUCAGAGAAGUUGACCUUAAAGUCACAAAAGAAGUAGGAGACAAGUAUGGGGAGGGUAUGGCUUAUAGCAAUCUUGGCAAUGCUUGUUAUAGUCAAGGCAAUUUUCAAAAAGCCAUAGAGUACCACAACCUUGAUCUUAAAAUAGCGAAGGAAGUAGGAGACAAGCAUGGGGAGGGUGAAGCUUAUGGCAAUCUUGGCAAUGCUUAUCAAUCCCUUGGUGAUUUUAAGAAAGCCAUAGAGUACUGUACCCUCCAUCUUGAAAUAGCCAAAGAGGUAGGAGACAGGCAUGGGGAGGGUUGUGCUUAUUGCAAUCUUGGUAGUGCUUAUCAAUUCCUAGGUGAUUUUAAGAAAGCCAUCGAGUACCUUAACCUUUGUCUUCCAAUAGUUAAAGAAGUUGGAGACAAGGUUGGGGAGGGUAAAGUUUAUGGCAACCUUGGAAAUACUUAUCACAGACAAGGAAACUUUGAAAAAGCCGUAGAGUACCACAAACUAAAGCUUGAAAUGGCUAAAGAAGUAAGGGACAGGCAUGGGGAGGGUGUUGCUUAUGGCAGUCUUGGCAGUGCUCAUCGUGAUAUGGGUGAUUUUAAAAAAGCCAUAGUGUAUCAAAACCUAAGUCUUAAAAUAGCUAAAGAAGUUGGAGACAAGGUUGGGGAGGGUAAUUCUUAUGGUAAUAUUGGCAAUGCUUAUCAAUCCCUAGGUGAUUUUAAAAAAGCCAUCGAGUACCUCAACCUUUGUCUUAAAAUAGCAAAAGAGGUAGGAGACAAGGUUGGGAAGGGUAAAGCUUAUGGCAACCUUGGCAAUGCUUAUCAAUCCCUUGGUGAUUUUAGAAAAGCCAUAGAGUACAUCAACCUGCAUCUUGACAUAGCGAAAGAGGUCGGAGACAAGCAUGGGGAGGGACAAGCUAAUGGCAAUCUUGGCAAUGUUUAUCAAUCCUUAGGUGAUUUUAGAAAAGCCAUAGAGUACCACAACCUACAUCUUGAAAUAACUAAAGUGGUAGGAGACAGGCAUGGGGAAGGUAAAGCUAAUGGCAAUCUUGGCAAUGCUUAUCAAUCCCUAGGUGAAUUAGAAAAAGCCAUAGAGUACUUCAACCUAGCUCUUGAAAUAGCUAAAGAAGUAGGAGACAAGGGUGCAGAGGGAAAUUCUUAUUGCAACUUUAGCAAUGCUUAUCAAUCACUAGGUGAUUUUAAACAAGCCAUAGAGUACUGUAACUUACAUCUUAAAAUAGCUAAAGAGAUAAGGGACAGGCAUGGGGAGGGUAUGGCCUAUGGCAAUCUUGGCAGUGCUGAUCAAUCCCUGGGUGAUUUUAGAAAAGCCAUAGAGUACCACAACCUACAUCUUGAAAUAACUAAAGUGGUAGGAGACAGGCUUGGAGAGGGACAAGCCAAUGGCAAUCUUGGCAAUGAUUAUAAAUCCUUAGGUGAUUUUAAAAAAGCCAUAAAGUACCUCAACCUACAUCUUGAAAUAGCUAAAGAAGUAGGAGACAAAGUUGGAGAAGGUCAAGCUUAUGGUAAUCUUGGCAAUGUUUAUUUUUUUCUGGGCGACGUAACAAAGGCCAAAGAGUCAUACAACCUACUGCUCAAAAUUGCACAAAAGGUCGAAGACAAAUCCUUGGAGGCAAAGGCCCUCUAUUUAUUGGCACGCGUUUUCAAUUCGCUGGGUCGACUGCCAGAAGCCGUUGAACAUUUGCAAGCUAGCAUAACCUUAUUAAAUGCUCUGAGAUUACUUCUAAAAUCUAAAGACGAGUGGAAAGUCAAUUUUCGAAAUCAGUAUCAAAAAGCGUAUGCGGGUUUGUGGAAAGUUCUCGCAAAUCAAGGUAAGAUCGACGAAGCUUUAAUUACUGCUGAGAAAGGACGAGCUCAAGCUUUGACUGACCUCAUGGAAUCCAGUUUUUGUGGAGGAGCAAGUCAGCCUAAGGGAGACGAUGAAGAUUUAGUAGUUUUAAAGAACAUUCCAUCAAACACUGUCUUUCAGGCAGUAGACGAAGAUGACGUCUAUCUUUGGGUUGUGUCCAAAGGAAAACAAGUUCAGUUAAGACAAAUUCAACUCAAAGAUUCUGUUUUAGAAAAUAGUGGAGUAAGCCAGUCCUUUGAGUCGUUUGUCCUCGGUGUCUAUACACAACUUGGUGUUCGUUCUAAAGUGAGUUGCGAGAAUCGAUCUUUGGAUGAUUUGAGGGAGAGCCGUGAAAAAUGGGUUGAGAAAACCGAGGAGAACACUCCUCAUCCUUCUGUUCAACCUCCUGUUAAACAAGAAAAAUGCUUGAGCACUUUGUAUGAGCUCAUAAUAAAGCCCGUGGCUGACCUGGUUGAAGGGGCUGAACUACUCAUUGUUCCCGAUGGACUGCUGUGGCGCGUUCCGUACGCUGCAUUGAAGGAUGGUAAUUCUAAAUACCUGUGUGAAUCAUUCAGAAUCCGACUCGCUCCAUCGUUAACAAGUCUCAGACUCAUUGCCGAUUGCCCAGAAGAUUAUCACAAAAGCAGUGGCGCGUUACUUGUAGGAAAUCCGUGGGUAGCUGAGGUUACUAACAGCCAGGGUGAGAAACUCCUAGAGCAGCUUCCGUGUGCUGAAGAGGAAGUAGAAAUGAUCGGACAGCUUUUGAAGAUCACUCCA